AUGGAAGAAGGGUUCUCCGAAUGGGUCAUUCUCGAAUACUCGCAAAUCAUCCGCGACGUUGGCCCCGAGAACCUUGUGCUUACUUCCUUGCCUCCUCAAACUGCCCCAUCAGAUAUUCCGCAACGGCUCGUGGACUUGGGUCUACAAUGGACCACGCGCGAAUGCGUCGACGUGAUCAAGCUGGAGAAUGGCGGGAAAGUCGACACUUCGCAGGUGUGCUUGUUGGACCCCGCGGCGCUGGUGGAUCUUGUGCCUCUGGACAAAUCUCGAUUCAGUUAUUUUGUAUUUGGCGGCAUCUUGGGCCAGCAUCCGCGGGUUGACCGCACAGGGGUCUUGAGGGAGAAGUACGGGUUCGUGGGGCGCAGAUUGGGCAGUUUGCAGAUGACUACGGAUACUGCCAUCCGCACCACGCAGCGGAUCAUUGAAAAUGGCGCUGCGUUUGAAGAGAUUGAGUUUUUGGAUUAUCCCGAGAUCAGGUAUAACAAGUAUGAGUCUACUGAGAUGCCGUUUAGGUAUAUUGUCGAUGCUGAGCUGGGGGAACCGAUCUUGCCGGAGGGGAUGUUGGAGUUGAUUAAACAUGAUGCCGACCAAAGUAUAGAUGAUUUAUUGAUUCAAUAA